CUCUUUGGCAGACUCAACAGCUGGGUGGAACUACGGGCAAAAAAGUUGCUUCAAUGACAUUUUCUUUUGAGAUGGGAGAUUAAAGCCUAGCACAAGGAAACAUUUGUACUGUAUAUUUAUUGUGCUGUUUUUAUCAUGGAUUUUAACGUGAAGCGGUUAGCAGCGGACGCCGGUACCUUCCUGAGCCGUGCGGUACAAUUUACAGAGGAAAAACUUGGCCAGGCUGAGAAGACUGAGUUGGAUGCUCACUUGGAAAACCUUUUGAUCCGAGCAGAAAACACCAAACAAUGGACAGAGCGGAUUAUGAAGCAAACAGAAGUGCUAUUACAGCCCAAUCCAAAUGUCCGACUAGAAGAAUUCGUGUACGAGAAGCUGGAGAAAAAGGCCCCCACGCGGCUGAACAACCAUGAGCUCCUGGGCCAGUCCAUGAUCGAAGCUGGGAAUGAGUUUGGUCCUGGGACAGCGUACGGAAAUGCUCUGAUCAAAUGUGGUGAGACGGAAAAACAGAUUGGAGGAGCAGAGCGAGAGUUAAUCCAAAGUUCUGCCAUCAACUUCCUCACCCCUUUUAGGAACUUUCUGGAAGGUGACUUCAAAACCAUCCUGAAAGAGAGAAAGUUGCUCCAGGUUAAGCGUCUGGAUUUGGACGCAGCUAAAACAAGGCUAAAGAAAGCGCGGAUGACGGACGCUAGAGCCGCAGCCGAACAGGAGCUACGAAUGACACAGAGCGAGUUUGAUCGACAGGCAGAGAUCACCAGACUGCUGCUAGAAGGUGUCAGCAGCACUCAUGCACAUCACCUGCGCUGUUUGAAUGACUUUGUAGAGGCCCAGACCACGUACUACGCCCAGUGUUAUCAGUACAUGGUGGACCUUCAAAAACAGCUGGGCAGUUUCCCCUCCUCUUUCUCCAACAAUAACCAGUCUUCCGUGUCUGCGGGGGCAAGCAGUAUUUCCGUGCCGACGAUCCCGGUGUCCGCCUCUCUGCCGAACCCGAGCCGUGGAAGCUCCGCUCCCUCUGGAGGCUUUCAUGAACUUCGCAGCUCCAGCGGCAGUCGUAAAGCCAGGGUCCUGUACGACUAUGAUGCCGCCAGCAGCAGUGAGUUGUCUCUGCUCGCUGAUGAGGUGAUCACAGUGAGCAGUGUCCCGGGCAUGGACUCUGAUUGGCUGAUGGGGGAGAGGGGCACUCAGAAAGGAAAAGUUCCCAUCACAUACCUGGAGCUCCUCAACUAACUGUCCCCAGCCAGCUCUGUGUGUAUCUCAUAUUUAUAAUGCUGCGUUGCACCUUCUCCAGACAUUUCCACCAACUCCUCAAGGGGGCGCUCUUUUAACCCAUACUCUGGACUGAAUAUAACUAUAGGAAGGGCAGAUGAACACCGCCCUCUAGUGUUUAUGAAUGAAUUGAAACGUGCCUUUUGUAUUUGAUGCCAUACAAUUGUUGAGUGAUUGAACAUCUCCCAAACUCUUUAUUUUAAACCUGCAUUUGUUUACAGUGUAUAUCUCAGACGGCCAUGGCUUUUACAUGAGUAGUUUUGCUUCACUGCGUCUUGAAUAUUUCUGCAGUGAGUACAUUUUAAAGAGCUUGAUUUAAGUCUUAUUUUAUAAAGGAUAUUUGUACUUCUUGGUGCUGUAUUAGCAGUUUGACAUAAUAUUUACCAACAUGUUUAGUGCCUUUGCUUUCCCUUUAAACUGUAGUUAAAAACAAGUCAAUUGGAUAGUGAGAUUUCAACACUCUAUAAUAACUAUACUUUAAUUAGUCUUUAAAAAGCAUGAAUAAAGAAUGAUCAGUGAGUGUAUAAAAGAACUGCACAGUCUUAUUAACUACAUAUUAAUAGCCAAACUAGAGAUCUGAUUGAUAUUUGCACUUCUAAAAAUAUGUUUAAAGCUUCAUUUGAAAACUUUCUAGUCCAAAGACGGCAUACUUAGAGGCCAUUGAUUUCCCUGGAUUUUUAACUAUUGGCACUGGCAAUGAAAAACUUAAUUACGUAGUUACUAAGACUAAUUAUAGAGUAAUAGAGUAAUUCUUUUAAAAAUAACUACUUGUUCAUUAUAAAUUAAGUCUUAGUUCAUGCUUUUUAAGGCUCAUAAAAGUUAAAGUAUUAUAAAGUGUCUAUUACAAUACGACAGUGCCUCAAAAUUCUUCAAACUAUUGACUCUUUUUAUUCUAACCAUAAUAUAUCUUAAGUUAUUGACUACUAGAACCAGGAAACCAUGACAUGGCAUAAAAUUAAUGAAUCCAGGGGCCUGUAAUUGAAACAGUUUUUACAUGUAUGUAUGUAUUUUGUAUUACUAACCUAUCCCUACAUUUCACUGAUCCAAAGUAUUUAUGGGUCCAUCUUUCAUUACACAUAUGCUCUGUGUUUUAAAUAUAAACAAAAUAUUGUAAAGAAAAUAUACAUACUAAAAUAAAAAGUGUGUCCAUUUGCUUUCAAA